CGUACGCCGGUGUCUCCCUGGUUGCGCAAGACGCCAUUUUGGAGUGACAGUGAGAGAUAAACGAACGAUCGAGAAGCUGUCUUUCUAAAGCUGUCACCAUGGGGAAUGUAUUUGCAGGCCUAUUUAAGAACCUCUUUGGCAAAAAAGAGAUGAGGAUUCUCAUGGUCGGGCUUGAUGCUGCUGGAAAAACAACCAUCCUAUAUAAACUGAAGCUUGGAGAAAUAGUCACCACGAUUCCCACAAUUGGUUUUAAUGUGGAAACCGUAGAAUACAAGAACAUUAGCUUCACAGUGUGGGAUGUUGGCGGUCAGGACAAAAUCAGGCCGCUGUGGCGCCACUACUUCCAGAACACUCAAGGACUUAUUUUUGUGGUGGACAGCAAUGACAGGGAGAGGGUGACCGAGGCACGAGAGGAGCUUGCCAGGAUGCUCGCCGAGGACGAACUCAGAGACGCUGUGCUGCUUGUUUUUGCAAAUAAACAGGAUCUCCCCAAUGCUAUGAAUGCUGCAGAGAUUACAGAGAAGUUGGGGCUUCACGCCCUCCGCCAGCGCAGCUGGUACAUCCAGGCUACCUGCGCCACCAGCGGGGACGGUUUGUACGAAGGCCUGGACUGGCUCUCCAACCAGCUGAAGAACCAGAAAUGAUCCAUUCCACCAUUUUUGAUUUUUUUUUUUCGUUGUUUAUUUUUUCUGUUUCAACACAGCGGCAGCACGGGAUCCAGGCCCCUUUGCUCCCACCUAACCCAAGUUUCAAACCCAACUCUUUCUAUCAAGAACUUCCUUCAUUCCCUCCUUCCUGUUUCCUCCCCUCCUCAUUGGGGCUCUAGCCUGUGCUGCUUGUGUGUGCGUGUGUGGGUGCGUGUGUGUACUGUGUGUGUUCAGCGAGUGUGUGUGUGGGUGUGAAGGUGUCUGUGUAUGUUGGCUGGGAUUGGGAGUAACCCUGGCGUGCCUUUUACACACCUCCUGUGAAAUCAGCAGUCUGGUUUUCAAGCACCGUUCUCCAUCCACCGAACUCACCCAGCCCCACUCAGCCGCCCCCACUCUCAGUCUUGCACGGCCCCCUUCUCCCCACCCUGACUCUCCAGAGGAAGCAUGGUUUUCAUACGGCAAAGAAAGAGCAAGGGUGCAAGUUCUCCUGCUGCCUCACCGUAGUAUCUUAUGUUGACUAGAAAAUUUUCCACUCACUGUAGACUGAAUGCUAGAUGUUCAUUUUAACCUCAUUUGAUUUUGAAACCUCAACUCACUAGUAAGAGAUUCCGUAAAUUGCAUCUUAACCUGUAUCAGGUCAAAGCAAAUCAACAAACGAACAAACAAUAAAAUAAAUAAAAAUGAACGCCCAUCCUCGGUCAUUCUUGUGUCAUUUGAAAACCAUGCUGGUUGUUUUAUUAUUAUUAUAUUGGAAUAUAACAGAUUAUUCUUAGCAAUGGUUCUCCAAUGAACACUACCUUUCUUCCCCAUACCAAGCAAAACCAUGAAGCACAAGGCAAGCCAACAAUCUAAAAGAAAUUAAAUGAUGAUCUACUUAAAAAUUAGAACCUGCGACUAUAUGCAAUUCUUGUCUUGAGAUUAUUUUGGUAGCAUAGAAAUCCCUGGAUGAAAUAGAAAUUUUUGAAAUGACCUCCAGAGUAAUUAAUCAUUAUGACAGUGUUCCUACGUAAUGUAGGUCAAAUACAAGGCAUUGGGCAUUUCCAAAAAUUCCACUGCUUAACUAUGACAGGUGUCCUGAUACAUUCACAAGCUUCACAUGUUAUUCCUUUAAAAGAUGUUACAUGUGUUUGUUUCUUUUUGUCGACUAGUUUUAGCAUUUCUAUUUGUACUACGACUGCUGAACCAAAUGCAUUUGAGCAGUUUGACAAAUCCUGUACAUGAAAGUAGUGAAUACUCGAGGGUCUAAACUGAGUAUGGGGCGUUUCUCACCAACAAUGGGCAGUUUUACUUCUAUCAGAAAGCCUCCUGUCUGCUGAUGUUUGUGGUUGGGAUGAAGGAUUGGCACCAAAAACAUGAAGGCUCUCGUAACUGAACGGUGCAGACAUGAAGAAAAAUAACCUAAUUCAGAUGUCUGUCCUUACAGGCUGCUGCAUCUGCAUUCUUAAUGACUGAUAAACCGACAAACACAUACUCAGUAGCUCAACAGUGUGUGGACUUGUUGGUAGACCUAUUUAGGGGAAUGGGUUUGAAGUUAGUGGGUUGUGAGAUUCAGCAGGCGUCUUCAGUGUGGAACCAUGGGGGUUUAAGCUGGCACGUCUGUCAAGAAUGAUUGUAAAUCUGUAAGUUCCCCUGUAAACUGUUUCUGUGGGGAUUUCCUGAACACAUUAAUAAACUUGAUUUGAUCCAA